AUGUUUUUAUUCAUAUUUAUUUUCUACUCGAUUAUUAACUUGAUCUUAGCAGCGAACUAUUCAUGUAAUACAGCUUCUAAAUGUGGUUGUUCAACAGUAUCUACUGUUGUCACAUCAAAAAUUCUUGGUGGAGAAGAUGCAGGUGAUUAUACAUGGAAUUGGAUAGUUUCUUUUCAAUACUCUGGCGAACAUAAAUGUGGUGCAACACUUUUAACAUCCGAGUAUGCUGUAACAGCAGCUCAUUGUACUGUCGCCUUAUUACCUUAUAUGGCAAAUUUAACUAUUGUAGCUGGUAUAAAUGAUUUAUCAGAUUCAUCUAAUACAGCUGUACAACAACGAUCUAUCAUUAACAUGUUUACACAUCCAAAUUAUAACAAUAAUACCUUCGUGAAUGAUAUUGGUAUUCUUCAAUUUGCUCCACUUAACAUAUCAUCAGAUUUUAACACCGGUAUCAUUUGCUUACCUCAAGCAAAUCAAGAUCCAUUCCAAACGAAUACUAGUCUUAUAGCUAUAGGCUGGGGAGUUACGUCUACCAGUAUAUAUGUUGAUGUAUCAGACUCUCUUCAACAAGUAACUGUCCAAGCUUUUUCAUCAACAUCAGCCGAUUGUUUACGAUCAAACAUAACCAAUGCAACGGUACAAUUUUGUGCAGGCGUUUCAGGAGGCGGCAAAGAUACAUGUCGAGGAGAUAGUGGAGGUCCAUUGAUGGCUUUUGUUAAUCAUGUAUGGGUAUUAGCAGGAAUAACAUCUUUUGGCCAUGGAUGUGCUCUAGCAGGAUACCCUGGAGUAUACACACGAGUGUCUUCGUUUAUUCCAUUUAUCAAUUCAAUUGUUUCUUUUCCAUUCAAUACAUCAGUCACAUCAUCACAAGUUUUAAAUGGAACAACUGCACAAAAUCAAGGCAGCAAUAUGAUAUAUAAAUCUGGAUCAAUUUCAAUAUUUUCCUUCUUAUUUAUAAUAUUCUCUUUAUUUUUAAUCUAA